AGGAUUUAUUAUUCUGUAGUAAAGAGAUAAUUGAGUAUAAACAAAUAGAGAAUCCUAACAGAAGUAGUCGGUUAUUCCUUGAACUAUUCAUUAAUGAUGGAUACUUCAACAAAUGAACUGAUCAUUGUACUGAAAUAUGAUCAUUUAUUGAUUAUAUCAACAUAUACAAGAACAGUAUUGAUACUUGUUACAGUACUAAUAGGAGUUAUGUUACUUGUCAUAAUCAUAUCAUGCCAACUAAAAUCAUUAAUAAUACAGUUUGCUGCAUACUACUUGAUUGUUGUCGGUAUAUUGCUAGUUAUCGCUUCAGUAAUAGCAUUGUUGAUUGCAUUUGUAAAGAAGAUAAAUGAAAAAUAUCCAUUGAAUGUCAGUCUUGCGAUAAUUUAUUCAAUAUGCGUUGCUACAGUGGUUGGAAUUUUGGAUUUAAACUUGGAUCUGAGUAUUCAAAUUAGUGCUUUUAUAAUCAACUUGACAAUCUUUAUACCUGCUCUAUUAAUUGGUGCAUCAAUUAAAACAAAUUUAAUGGAUUCUUUCAAAGUUCUAUUCAUCAUCCUUCCAGUUAUUUCAGCUGUAAUCAUUUCAGCUAUGGUUUUCAUCUAUUAUUUUAAAGGAAAUGUAAAGGUAGUAAUAAUUCUGUUUAUAUGUGCAGAAAUAUUACCAUUUAUUACGACAAUAUUUUUCAGUCAUUUCACUGUUGGAACAUUACGAUACCGAUUAUUUUAUCCAAAUUAUACUUUGGCAGCAUUAUUAUUGUAUAUUAUGUUUUCAAUUGCCUUGCCAAUCACUGAUGUUCUGGUUUAUACCAUAAGGAAUAAUUGGAAUGUAACACAUUCAACUGGAUUGUUACUUGAUAAUGAUAAAAUCUUAUAGUAACACUUCAUUACAGACUAUAAAACUUGUUUACUUAUUAACUGUCUUAAAUAUAUGAUAAUACAUAUUAUUCAAGAGAACAUAUUGUAUUAGAUCAAUGACUUGGAGAAUAAAGAUGAAGAUA